UUAUAAUAUUUGUGAUAUAAGAAGACAGUGAAGUAAAAAUUUUACCAUCAAAAUGCCAAUUCCAUGUUCAAGAAAGUGUGGGAAAAAUGCUAUUCUUAAAAGACCAAAAACUGGACAUGCCUUAUGUAAAGAAUGCUUUUUCUUUGCUUUUGAAAGUGAGAUUCACAACACAAUCGUACAAGGCAAAUUAUUUAAACCAGGUGAUAAAGUUGCUAUUGGAGCAUCAGGAGGAAAAGAUUCUACAGUACUUGCAUAUGUUUUAAAAACUUUAAAUGAAAAAUACAAAUAUGGAAUUGAUCUAUUUCUUUUAUCCAUUGAUGAAGGAAUUACUGGGUACAGGGAUGAUAGUUUAAAGACUGUUCAACAGAAUAAAGAUGAUUAUGGACUACCAUUAAAAAUAUUAUCUUAUAAAGAAUUGUAUGGAUGGACAAUGGAUGAAAUUGUAGCAGAAAUUGGUAAAAAAAACAAUUGUACAUUUUGUGGUGUAUUUCGGAGACAAGCAUUAGAUAGAGGUGCUGCUCUUUUGGGUGUAGAUUGUAUUGCAACAGGUCAUAAUGCUGAUGACAUAGCAGAAACAGUUUUAAUGAAUAUUCUAAGAGGUGAUAUUGCAAGGUUACAAAGAUGUACCUCAAUUAUUACUGCAGGAGCAGAUUGCAUAAAACGAUGUAAGCCACUUAAGUAUGCAUAUGAAAAAGAAAUAGUUAUGUAUGCAUAUUUUAAACAGUUGGUAUAUUUUUCAACAGAAUGUGUAUUUGCACCAAAUGCAUAUAGGGGACAUGCAAGGACUUUUCUUAAAGAUUUAGAAAAAAUUAGGCCCUCAUCUAUAUUGGAUAUAAUUCAUUCUGGAGAAACGUUACAAAUCAAAGCAAACAUCAAAUUACCGGAGCGAAGAAAUUGUUCUCGAUGUGGAUUUGUUUCUAGCCAAGAAAUAUGUAAAGCUUGUAUUAUGUUAGAAGGUUUAAAUAGGGGACUUCCAAAACUUGGUAUAGGAAAAUCUACCAAAGUUAAACGGGUAAUGAAUUCAAUUACGAAUGAUGAUCACAAAAACGAUAAAAAUAAAGAUGACGAAAAGACUAAAACAAAUAUAGAAUUUUGAUAAUUUCUUAGCACGUUCA